CUCAUAACUUUUCACCUUUUAUUACAUUUUUGCUAUGUGAAGCUAUGGAAAAAAUUGUGAAUUGGCCAUUUUGAGUUUUUUUCCUGUUGUUCCCCCUCCCAAAUCCUGCCACCAGCAGGCCUCCAUAGUAAUAACAGCUCGGAUACGCUGGGUCUCUCCAUAACGAUAAAGUGCAUCAGAGCAAAGGAACGGCUCCCCCGAUCACUACAUGGGGGAGCCAUUCCUGACCCGGAAGUGCACGAUUUCAGUUUUUCUGCAUUUACAUGCCGCGGUCACAUUUGGCCACAGCAUCUAAAGGGUCAAAUGUCUGCAUUCGGCAUUAUCGCUGGUCGCAGACAUUAGUCCCAGGCCUCUGCUGUUUAAAACACCAGAGACCUGGAAGCUCGCGAGCAGGCACCAUAUUUAAAACCCCUGACUGUGUAUACUCAUUAUCUGGACUCUGUAUGAUCACAUUUUACACUAUUAGGGCUCAUGCACAUGGCCUUAGCCGUUUUUGCUGUCUGCAAAUUGUGGUGUGUGCUGUCCGCAUCUUUUGAAUUGAAUGCAGACAAAAACCACGGUCAUGUGCAUGAGCCCUUAUGCUGUAUACACUAUUUACUGUAUUAUUAUUUUUGUAUUAUUCUUUUGCCCCACACAAUACAUUUAACAGUUUUCAAUCAGGAUCAAUAUUGCAGUUACAUCCAUGUUAUGGAGUCCCAGAGCCACCAGAUUGGUCAUUUCCCUGUGACAUCUCACCUUCCUGCUGCCCUUGGAUUAGAUUUCUCACCCUUUUUCUCCUCUACCUUAGAUUAAUUAGUAUAUUAAGUCCCUGCGGUGAGAACUCUGUGUGGAUCACACAUCACAGGAGAACAGUAUCUUUGCCGUCAUCCUCCAUACUGUAAGAUGAGAGAAGGGCGGAGGCCGUGUAAUACAGAACCAAUGGCACUUGCUGCGUCAGAUGGUGGCUGGCAGAUGGUCGAGGUGGUCUUAUAGUCCAGUGCAUCUUAUAGUCCAAAAAAAUUAUAAUACGGUAAUACCUGAAUGCCAUCAGGUCAUACAACUGACAUCUGAAAUAUCAAGUGAAGUGAGAAGACCGAUGCCCGAGCUGUGGUAAAACAAUUCGAUCAUUUCCGAUCCUGGUCCAUCUGAGCUUUGACCUUCCAAUUACAGACUGUAAAGAGAGAUGUUUGCCCAAGCUCACAAGUCUGAUGUAGGCGGUGAUGCCGCAACCACCCUCAUUAAUCACUCCUCCAUGGUCAUCCAGCGCCUGCAGGAGCUGCUCCAGAAUGGCAACGCCAGUGACAGCACGCUACGUGUACGCACCACCAACUCGGAUGAGGUGAAGAUCAUCCACACCCAUCAGCUCUUGCUUAUUCUGCAAAGUGAUGUCUUUGAAGGACUCUUAGGAAACCAAAGCGUGGUGUCCCUACAGGAGCCCCCAGAGUGCGCUGUUCUGUUUGAGAAAUUCAUGAGGUAUUUCUAUUGUGGGGAGAUCUCAGUCCAGUUAAAUCAAGCCAUACCGCUGCAUCGUUUGGCCAGCAAGUACCAUGUCUCUGCUCUACAGAAAGGCGUUAGUGAUUAUAUGAAGACCCAUCUUGCCAGUGAGUCAACUCAGGGCCACGUAGUGAGCUGGUACCAUUACGCUUUAGGGAUUGGUGAUGAAACACUGCAGGAAAGCUGCCUGAAGUUCUUGGCCUGGAACCUUUCCACGGUGAUGAAUAGCAACGAGUGGGUGACGGUGAGCGACGACCUCAUGGUUUCUCUUCUACAAAGAUCAGACUUGGUAUUGCAGAGCGAGUUAGAAUUGUUUGCUUCAGUUGAAGAGUGGGUGAAUUGGAACAACCCGAAUGUGUCCAUUAUUGAGAAGGUCCUGAGAUCUAUCAGGUACCCCAUGAUUCCUCCAAGUCAACUUUUUCAAAUACAGAAGCAGUCGAUGUUAUUGGCAUCCUAUCAACAUCUUGUCCAGGAUCUUCUCUUCCAAGCCUUCCAGUUUCACUCAGCUUCCCCUCUACAUCUUGCAAAGUAUUUUGAUGUUAACUGCAGCAUGUUCAUUCCUCGGAAUUAUCUAUCUUCAUUUUGGGGGUCCCAAUGGAUCAUUAACAACCCUGCCAGGGAUGAUCGAAGCCUCAGCUUUCAAACUCAACUUGGCCCGAGCAACUAUGAUUCCAGUAAGAAGAUUACCUGGAAUGCGCUCUUCUCUCCACGUUGGCUUCCCGUCAGUCUCCGUCCAGUCUACUCAGAGUCUGUGUCUGCUGCUUCUCAAACAAACCGUCUAGAAGAUGGAAGGCCACGGUUGGUGAUCACUUCGGCCAUGAGCGGCCUAGAUUUUGCGGGAGUCACUUUCCAGAAGAUUAUACUGGUGGGAGUGAGGAGACAACAAGGCAAAAUCUUUGUGAAGCAUGUGUACAGUGUCCACCAGAGCACAGAUGAAGUGUCUGACUUCCUGGCCCAUGCCGAUCUGCAGAAACGGACCUCGGAGUAUCUGAUCGACAACUCCCUUCAUCUCCAUAUUAUCAUCAAGCCCAUCUACCAUUCUCUAAUCAAGGCCAAGUGAUACGGAAUUUCAGUAUUAGCUUAUCUAGGGGUGUGAUGCUCAGUACAGGACCUGGACAUUACCAUGGACCCUUAUUGCUAAAAAAUGCUGUUUCUCCAGUAUGGUUGGUAAAGAUCUGCCUGUCCAAGCCUGACCAAAAACUUAAAAGGGUAUCUGGACCAUAAAACAUCAUCUGACAUGCUACUGACAAAUAAUCUUUGUUGAAGGCUCAAUAAUUGAUAGGACGGCAUGACCCCUCAGCUUCACCCAAUCAAAGAUUUAUAGUCCUACAAAUUUUAACAAGAACUUAGUUUUUCGCAACAGACAUUAAAAGGACAUGGCACUCACUGGAGGUGAAGGUCUUAGCUUUUAGAUUCUGAUGGCAGAGGAUAUAUAAAGGAACACAUACCCUUUAAGGCCAUAGACCAGUGGUAGGUAGCGCUCCAGCUGAUAUGAAACUGCGAUUUCCUGCUUGCCUUGACAACCCGAGAAUUAGGCUUCUUUCACAUGAGCGUGACGGAUUAGGUCCGGAUGCGUUCAGCAAAACUCGCACCAUUUUGCAAGCAAGUUCAGUCAGUUUUGUCU